AUGUCUUACAAAUCCACUGUGAAGACCCAAAGCAUCAGCCGCAAGGGCUUCAGUGCCGGCUCAGCCAGAGUCCCUGGGGUGUGCCGCUCUGGCUUCAGCAGCGUGUCCCUGUCCCGCUCCAGGGGCAGUGGCGGCCUCGCUGGAGUGUGUGGAGGAGCUGGCUUUGGCAGCCGCAGCCUCUAUGGCCUGGGGGGCUCCAAGAGGAUCUCCAUCGCAGGGGGCAGCUGUGCCAUUGGUGGUGGCUAUGGCGGCAGAAUUGGAGUUGGCUAUGGCUUCGGAGGUGGAGCCGGGAGUGGAUUUGGUUUUGGUGCUGGGGCUGGUAGUGGCUUUGGGCUCGGUGGUGGAGCUGGCUUUGGAGGUGGCUUCGGUGGUCCUGGCUUCCCUGUGUGCCCCCCUGGAGGCAUCCAAGAGGUCACCGUCAACCAGAGUCUCCUGACUCCCCUCAACCUGCAAAUCGACCCCACCAUCCAGCGGGUGAGGACUGAGGAGCGGGAGCAGAUCAAGACCCUCAACAACAAGUUUGCCUCCUUCAUCGACAAGGUCCGAUUCCUGGAGCAGCAGAACAAGGUCCUGGACACCAAGUGGACCCUGCUGCAGGAGCAGGGCACCAAGACCGUGAGGCAGAACCUGGAGCCUUUGUUCGAGCAGUACAUCAACAACCUCAGGAGACAGCUGGAUAGUAUCCUUGGGGAGAGAGGCCGCCUGGACUCGGAGCUCAGGGGCAUGCAGGACACGGUGGAGGACUUCAAGAACAAGUAUGAAGAUGAAAUCAACAAGCGCACAGUAGCAGAGAAUGAAUUUGUGAAUCUGAAGAAGGAUGUGGAUGCUGCCUACAUGAACAAGGUUGAACUACAGGCCAAGGUAGACGCUCUCACAGAUGAGAUCAACUUCCUAAGAACCUUCUAUGACGCAGAACUGGCUCAGAUGCAAACCCACAUCUCAGACACUUCUGUGAUCCUCUCCAUGGACAACAACCGCAACCUGGACCUGGACAGCAUCAUCGCUGAAGUCAAAGCCCAGUAUGAGGAGAUCGCUCAGAGGAGCCGGGCUGAGGCUGAGUCGUGGUACCAGUCCAAGUACGAGGAGCUGCGGGUGACGGCGGGCAGACACGGGGAUGACCUGCGCAACACCAAGCAGGAGAUCUCUGAGAUCAACCGCGUGAUCCAGAGGCUGAGAUCUGAGAUUGACCACGUCAAGAAGCAGUGCGCCAGCCUGCAAUCCGCCAUCGCCGACGCCGAGCAGCGUGGGGAGCUGGCCCUCAAGGAUGCCAGGAACAAGCUGGCUGACCUGGAGGACGCCCUGCAGAAGGCCAAGCAGGACAUGGCCCGGCUGCUGAAGGAGUACCAGGAGCUCAUGAAUGUCAAGCUGGCCCUGGACGUGGAGAUUGCCACCUACAGGAAGCUGCUGGAAGGCGAGGAGUGCAGGCUGAGUGGGGAAGGCGUUGGACAAGUCAACAUCUCUGUGGUGCAGUCCACUGUCUCUGGUGGCUAUGGUGGUGCCAGCGGUCUCGGCAGUGGCUUAGGCGUAGGCGGAGGAAGUGGCUGCUCCUACAGCAUUGGAGGUGGCUUCAGUUCUGGCAGUGGCAGAGCCAUUGGGGGUGGCUUCGGCUCCUGUGGGGGCAGCAGUUCCACCAUCAAAUACACCACCACCUCCUCCUCCUCCAGCAGGAAGAGCUACAAGCACUGA